AUGGCCCCUCGAACCAAAGCAUCCGUCAGCAAGACGGCCGCGUCGACAAAGAAGACGUCCACUACUUCCGCUGCCGUGAAGAAGGCUACCAAGCCCACCAAGGCCGCUGCUGCCGCUGCCACUAAGAAGAAGGAGGAGCCUGCUACCAAUGGCGCGUCCAAGAAGCGAAAGGCCCGCGACGAGGAGACAGAAGCCGAGUCUGAGGCCGACACGCGCAAGACCAAGAAGUCCAAGACCACAGAACGCGCCGUCAAGCCCGCUGCUGCUGUCGCCAAACCCGCCGCCGCCGCGAAGCCCGCUGCUAAGCCUGCUGCCACAAAGGCAAAGACCACCAAGAGGGCCAAGACCGAGGAGCCCGAGGACGAGAAGCCUGCCCCCAAGAAGCCCGUCAAGAAGGCUGCUCCCAAGAAGGAGAAGAAGGAGGCUCAUCCCGAGAUCGGAAAGAAAAUUAACGACGCGCCCACCCAAAUCCUCGAUGUCUACGUCUUUGGCGAGGGCUCGUCUGGCGAGCUUGGUCUCGGCAGCAAGCGCGUCAACAACAAGAAGCCCAUCGAUGUGAAGCGUCCCCGACUCAACGAUAACCUCUCCGCCGCCAACACUGGCGUCGUCCAGAUCUCCUGCGGUGGCAUGCACGCGGUCGCGUUGACCCACGAUAACAAGAUCCUGACCUGGGGUGUCAACGACCAGGGUGCUCUCGGACGAGACACCAACUGGGACGGCGGCCUUCGCGGCAUGGACAAGGAGGAGGACUCUGAUUCCGAGGAUGAGGAUGACACUGGCAUCAACCCCAAGGAGAGCACACCUACUGCUGUGUCCGAUGACCACUUUGCUGCUGGCACCAAGUUCGUCCAAGUCGUUGCCAGCGACAGCGCCAGUUUUGCCCUCACCGAGGAUGGCCGCGUCUACGGCUGGGGCACUUUCCGAUCCAGCGAUGGUAUCCUCGGCUUCUCAGAGACCGUCAAGGUUCAAUCGACUCCCGUCCUCGUCCCCACACUCAAGAAGAUCACCGCCCUCGCAGCCGGUUCCAACCACGUCCUCGCUCUCGACAUCAAGGGCAACGUUGUUGCCUGGGGCUGCGGUCAGCAGAACCAGCUCGGACGACGCAUCAUCGAGCGCAACAAGAUGUCUUCGCUUACUCCCCAGGGCGUCGGUCUGCCCCGAGGCAAAAUUGUCAAGAUUGCCUGUGGCUCCUACCACAGCUUUGCCAUCGACAACAAGGGCUGUGUCUACGGCUGGGGUCUGAACAACUUUGGCGAGAUCGGUAUCGAGUCCAACGCAGGCGAGGACGAUGCCGUCAUCCUCCGACCUGUCAAGCUCACCUCCCUCGAGGACUACAACAUUACUGAUAUCGAUGGUGGCGAGCACCACUCUCUGGCUUGCGCCGAGGAUGGCGAGCUUUUCACCUGGGGCCGCGUCGAUGGCUACCAGGUCGGCUUCGAGUUUGAAAAGCUGAACGAGGAUAUUGCCAUUUACGACGAGCGAGGCAACGCCCGUAUCCUGUUCAAGCCCACUGUCCAGCCCGACGUCAAGGAAACCGUUUCCGUCGCUGCCGGUACCGACAACAGCUUUGCCAUCACCUCCGAGGGCAAGGUCUUUUCCUGGGGCUUCUCCAGCAACUACCAGACCGGCCAGGGCACCAUCGACGAUAUCCACACUCCUACUCUGAUCGACAACACCGCCAUCCGUGGCAAGAAGAUUAUCGGUGCUGGUGCCGGAGGCCAGUACUCUGUCGUCUUUGGCGAGUCCGACGAAGUGCCCAAGACAAACGGCGUCAAGACAAACGGCGUUCACGACCACGAUGACAAGGAGAACGAUGGAGGCAAGAAAGCCUAG